AUGGAUAUCAAAAGCGAGUGCAAUUCUAGCAGGAAGACCAAAGAAUUGGGAAGAUUUUGCUAUGAAAUCGAGCACACAAACUCUCUAUCAGCAACUACAAGAUCAAGUAAAUUUAGAUGGAAAAUGUUGUGGAUGAAGCUCAAGAAAGAGAAGAAGAAGCUACUUGAGUCUACAUCAUCACCUUUGCAGCAGGAUCCUUAUGAUCCUUUCACUUAUUCUCAGAAUUUUGAACAAGGGACAGUGUUUGAUGAACCAGAUUACCUGUCUAGAUCUUUCUCUGUUCGGUUUGCCGAUCCUUGUAAAUUUAUUAAUUAUCAAAAGAAAUGA